UCCCGAGCAAGAGUUUUAGCUUCACUGGAGGCGACAAACUCGAAAAACACAACCGUAUAUUGUCGAUAACUGAAACGGAGGGACAAUCCGUUCGCCGAAUUUACAGCGGAUUUUACACGCAUGCACUUUCUGCCCUUCGAAUUCAUAUUCAACAGAAUCGUCUCUUCAUUAUCGCACACAGUCUUUCUUUUGACAUCCUGCACCGCAGUAUGGCAUCGAGUAGCUAUAUGAAAGCGGUGAUGCUGCUAUUAGCGGUGCAGCUCCUGUCUUUUAGGACAGGUUUUGGCGAGCAGGAGACAGGGACGGUAAUUCCUGCCGAAAGUCGUCCCUGUGUGGACUGUCAUGCAUUUGAAUUCAUGCAGAGGGCACUGCAUGACCUCAAGAAGACUGCUUUCAACCUCGAUGCCCAGACUGAGACCCUGGUGUUGAGGGCAGAGAGGCGAGCCCUGUGUGACUGCAUGCCCACUAAUACCCUGCGCUGAGGGGAGUAGUGAUGUGCCCUCACCAUGGCAACCAACUCCACACCCACAAUGACCGGACACCUUUAACCUACUACAAACAACACCUGGACUAGACAGAUGCCUCUCUGAGCCUCCUUCUAUGGAAUAUUGUAAAAAAAAUAUUCUAAUAAUUUCAUUUGUACAACAUGCACUUUAUUUUCUUUGCUAACAUAUCAGCAUUUAUAUUGCAGUGGUUUAAUUGUAAUUUGAUUAUAAUAUUUUAUUUGAUGAGUUCAGAAAAUCAGCAAUGCGUAACUAUGUCAUGUAGGGCAAAGCCAACAACAACUCAUGUCCCUCUUGGUCAUAUGUGAGGUUUUGAAACACAUAUCUAGAUCAUUUUUACAUAUCUAGAUCAUUCUAGGCCUUCUUUUGGCCAGCUAAUAGCCUAACCACCGAUAAAGCAACAUUAUGGACUAAACAUUAAAAUCCUGUUGUGCGGGAUUAUUUUUGCUGUGACAGUACCAGUCAAAUUAAGAUCGUACAUCUGUAAGGAUGUCACGCCCUGGUUCUGGGGACUCUUAAAUGUUGAGCCAGGGUGUGGAUGUUCUAUGUUAUAUUUUCUAUGUUUGUUGUUC